UGCUAGUGAUCCAGCCGCUUCUGAAGGUCGUCGUGGGGCUGGCAGCAACGUUGCAAGUUCACAGGCAUCAGACAGCUUGAUCAGGUCAGGACCACAGUCAGAUCGGACGGCAGCUGCGAUGGACGUGGGGACGCUCGACGAGUUGCAGACCCAGGAGUACUGGGAUACUAGAUAUGCCAGUGAAGAGGGUACGACUUACGACUGGUUCAAAAAGUUCGAAGAUAUCAAGGACAUCAUCUUAGAGCGUAUACCAUCAAAGGACAGUCGGAUACUAGAGCUCGGAUGUGGCAACUCCACCAUUACCCCCUCCUUACAUGAUCUCGGCUACGCAAACGUCACCUCACUAGACUUUUCUCCUAAUCUCAUAUCACAGAUGCGGGCUCGGCAUCCUGGAAUCGACUUUGUGGAGAUGGACAUCCGCAAUCUCGUCGAGGAGUCCGACAAGCUACAGGCUGGUGCGGGUCAAUGGGACUUGAUCAUAGACAAGGGCACGCUGGACGCCCUUGUGGCGGAAAAGGGCAGUGUGUGGGAGCCUAGCGAGCGGGUGUUCGAUAAUGCCAGGCGAGAAAUCGAUGGCGUCCUCCACCUACUUAAACCUGGCGGCACAUUCCUCUACCUGACUUGGAUGCAGCCUCAUUUUCGUCUUAGAUUUCUCGAGCGAAAGGCAGACUGGGACGUGACAGUCAGGACGAUCAAUGAGGGCGGAGGGUGGGACUACUUCUUAUUCACCGGCAUCAAGAAAGUCGCUCCGUAGAGAGGACAAACUCUGUAGCGAAGAAAAGUAGAGUAAUUCCAGGGCACCCGCCGAGGAGUCAUACACACUCGCAUUGCUGAUUGAAUGGCGAUCGCCUCAUUACGCUGAGUCUUCCACGGAUGACGUCUCUAAGGUCUGCGUUCGGUCUGAAGUGCUUGCCUCGAAGGAAUGUGAGUCACGGCUCAGUACGCUGGUGUCGUAGCGCGCGUCGAGUGUGCCCGUUC